UGUCGUACAAUAUCUCUUCGAUAUUUUUUGUAAUAACACGUUAUUGUGUCUCUCUCCGCUCUCAAUCACGCAGUUAUUCUUUAAUUCUAUUUUGUUUAACCGUGAACGACAUUUUUGCGUCCCCAAAUACAAAUCAACUGGCGGUGUAUAGAAGAUGGAUAUGCAGAGACGUUUAAGUUCCUUUAAUGAAAUGUGGCGUGUAAACUUUUUAAGACCAUGUGAUAUGGCCCAAGCUGGCUUUUUUUACUUAGGCAUUGGUGAUCAAGUAAAAUGUGGAAAAUGCUGUAAAGAAUUUCUUGAUUGGGAAUUUGCUGACGAUCCGUUACAACAACAUAUUCGUCUCUCUCCAGAUUGUUCAUUUGUUAAUAAAAUUUUGGCUACAGUUGAUGGUCGCUUAAGAACCUUUAAAAACUGGCCUGUCAUUUUUUUAAAAUCUCGUGAAAUGGCUGAUGCUGGAUUUUUUUACACAGGCCAAGGAGAUGGUGUAAAAUGUUUUAAAUGCUGUAAACUUUUUGAAUCAUGGGAAUGUGGUGAUGUUCCAUUAAUUGAACAUUAUCGUCACUCUCCAAAAUGUUCGGUUGUGGAUGGAUUUGGUGAUAUUUUAUAUGAAACUUGUGUUUACGGUUCUUCUACUUCUGAUGCCCUAUCUUCUGUAAGUGUGGGAUCUGUUGAUGAUUGGUUAACUUCAGAAGGUAUUUUACAAAGUUUAAAACCUUUUCAUAGAAACAAAAUGAUCACCUUCAAUGCACGUUUGGAAACAUUUAAUAAUUGUCUGAGGACAUUCAAACAAAAUAUUAAUACUUUAUGCGAAGCUGGAUUUUUUUAUUCUGGCAAUGGUCAAACUGAUUUUACGACUUGUUACUUUUGUGCUUUAACUUUAAGUAAUUGGACUGAUGACGAUGAACCAUGGAUAAAUCAUGCCAAAUGGUCCAAAAAUUGUGGUCAUCUGUUUUUAAAUAAAAGCAAAAAUUUUGUGGACAAAGUACAUGUUGUGGAAAAUUUCACCAUAAACUUUAAUCAUCUGGCAUUAUUCAAUUUAAUUGCUAAACAAAAAAAUAAAUGCAUUCUCUGGACUAAAAUGAAAAUACAGAUGACAAAAAAAUAUUUGAAUGGGAUACAAUUAACUGAUAAUUUAUUUGUUAAAAACCAACAUCAUUUUUCUGAAAUACUAGACCAUAAUUCUUUGCCAGAUUGUAUGCUAUGCAAGAUUUGUUUUAAGGAAGAAAUCAAAGUAGUUUUUGUUCCUUGUGGUCAUGCAAUAUCCUGUAUUGAGUGUGCCCUAACACUCAUAUUUUGCCCUAUAUGCAGAUUUCCAUUAGUUAAGAUAAUGGGAGUUUAUUUAUGUAUGAAUGAAAAAAAUUAUGAAAAUGUUCAACAGGUAACGUCCAAUUCUGAAAUGUCUUCUAGCAACACAUUAAAACACCCAAUGAAUUGUAAAGUCUGUCAUAAAAAAGAAAUGGCAGCAGUACUUUUACCAUGUAAACAUAUAUACACCUGUGACAAAUGUGCGGAAGACAUAAGCGAGUGCUCUAUAUGUAGACAAAAUGUAUAUUCCUUAAUUAAAAUAUACUUUUAAGUUUUACUCACUAGCCAUAUAGUACAUUUCUAUGUGCUUGUACAAUUAAAUGUAAAUAUACCAUGUAAAUAAAUGUUCUACAAUUUACAAUGAAACUGAACAUCUUAACCCUAUGUUGGUGACACUAUGAGCAUUUUGCUCACAUAAUUACCA